AGCAGUACCUUUGAAUGCAACAGCGCGCACUCGUUGAACACACAAGCUUUUUUUCCCUUCAACUUUUUUUCCCCCCUCUACGCUUAGUCAGCCUGGCUGGCGUUAUUAAGGCAGAAAAGAAAGGAAGUGGCGACAGGCUAGCUGUUAGCCGACCAGUUACCAGUCUAUUUACCCAGCGACAAAUGUACUUUUGAAAAUCUUUUAUACCAGAGACGCCUCUUCUUCGUGUCGCCGAGGCGUACAAGGAAGCUACCUUUUUUCUUUUUUUGUCAGCUCCUUUUAUUUUUUUGUUUCCGCGCCGAUUUUAAGCUCGUUGUCUCAUCUUUGUCCGUCUCCGGGGUUGUUAGCCCCCCACAGACUCCAAGUCGGGUUGAAACCAAACCGAAUACAAACAAGACACGGAUAUACGAGCGUGUUGGUCAUUGGUGUUUGAUUUUUUAUCAGUCGCUUUAAUAGUGGGGAAUACAGUGAAGAGCAACACAAUGCAACAAGCAGCGAGGAAAGGUGCUGUGUGGUGAGAGGGAAGCGGUGGCUGCGGCAUGCUGAGGCAACUCCCCCUGACUCAGGAUGAGUGUCAGAGAUGGCAGUGCCGCCGUGGCAAUGAGUGCAGGUGGAGUAAGGGGGGGAGGGUGUCUGCCGACGAGCCCCAACGAUCAUGGACGCUCGUACCUGCUCCAGAUCUACCCACGGCUCGCUGCUGAGUCAUCCACCUGCUGCAAUCUAAGAGUGCAGAAGGAUGCUACAGCAGCCUCUGUGAUCUCGGAUGCUGCUGUGGCAUUAGGGCUGGAUCCUGGCCGCCUGUAUGUCUUAGCAGAGGUGAAGGAAUGUGGCGGGGAAGAGUGGGUGCUGGAAGCCGGAGAUCUUCCAGUGCAGAGGUUCCUCCUGUGGCCUCGGAAAGCCCAAGAGCAGCAUCCGCGGAGCCUUGGCUUUUACUUCUUACUCCAGGAGAGGAACAACGAUGGCUCUAUUCAUUAUGUCCACCUCCCACCCCUGUCCAAAGAGCAGGAGGCACAGCGGCUUGCCGCCAGGGGCUUCCUUCCACCUCCACAGGAUGACUUUGCAGACCUCUGUAACCUCCCCAAACUCAAUGAGGACAGCAUCCUAAACAAUCUGCGCACACGCUUUUACAAGAAAAAGAUCUACACUUAUGCAGGCAGCAUACUCAUUGCCAUCAACCCCUUUAAAUUUCUUCCAAUCUACAACCCAAAGUAUGUCAAGCUGUACGAAAACCACCAGCUAGGCAAACUGGAGCCGCAUAUCUUUGCUAUUGCGGACGUGGCUUACUAUGCCAUGCUCAGGAAGAAGGUGAACCAGUGUAUUGUCAUCUCUGGAGAGAGCGGCUCAGGCAAGACACAAAGUACCAACUUUCUCAUCCACUGUCUGACCGCACUCAGCCAGAAGGGCUACGCCAGUGGUGUGGAGAGGACUAUACUCGGUGCAGGACCAGUCCUGGAGGCCUUUGGAAACGCCAAAACGGCCCACAAUAACAACUCCAGCCGUUUUGGUAAAUUCAUCCAGGUUAAUUACCUUGAGACUGGAGUGGUGCGAGGUGCUGUGGUGGAGAAGUAUCUCCUGGAAAAGUCUCGUCUGGUCUCCAGAGAGAAGAACGAGAGGAACUAUCACGUCUUUUACUACCUGUUGUUGGGAGCUUCAGAGGAGGAAAGGAAAGAGUUUAAGUUGUUGCCACCUGAAGACUACUUCUACCUCAAGCAGCAAAACUUUAAGAUAGAAGAUGAGGAGGAUCUGCAUCAUGACUUUGAAAGACUACAGCAGGCCAUGGAGAUGGUUGGCUUCCUUCCAGCUACCAAGAAGCAGAUUUUUUCUGUGCUUUCGGCCAUCUUGUAUCUUGGCAACGUGACCUACCAGAGGAAGUCAACAGGCCGAGAUGAAGCCUUGGAGGUCGGGCCGCCGGAGGUCUUGGCCACUUUGUCUAACCUGCUGAAGGUGAAAGAGGAGCUUCUUGUUGAGGCGCUGACGAAGAGGAAAACAGUGACAGUCAAUGACAAGCUCAUCCUCUCCUAUAGCCACUCUGAGGCAAUCACGGCCAGAGACUCCAUGGCAAAAUCUCUAUACAGCGCCUUAUUUGACUGGAUUGUCCUACGCAUUAAUCAUGCACUCCUUAACAAGCGAGACAUGGAAGAAUCGGUCCCACGCUUGUCAAUCGGUGUCCUUGACAUAUUUGGCUUUGAGGACUUUGAGACCAACAGCUUUGAACAGUUUUGCAUCAACUAUGCAAAUGAGCAGCUGCAGUAUUAUUUCAAUCAUCAUAUAUUCAAUCUGGAGCAGGAGGAGUACCAAGCAGAGGGAAUCACUUGGCACAACAUAGAUUACAUAGACAAUGUGGGCUGUAUCCAUCUCAUCAGCAAGAAGCCUACUGGUCUGCUGUACUUGCUGGAUGAGGAGAGCAACUUCCCCCAUGCCACAGAUGAGACUCUUUUAGCCAAAUUCAAGCAGCAGCAUCAGGGGAACAAAUACUUUUUGUCCACACCAGUCAUGGAGCCUGCUUUCGUCAUUCAACACUUUGCUGGAAAAGUCAAAUAUCAAAUCAAGGAUUUCCGUGAGAAAAACACAGAUCAUAUGCGUCCAGACAUUGUGGCAUUAUUGCGGAGCAGUGACCGAGCGUAUGUGCGGCAGCUCAUCGGCAUGGACCCGGUGGCCAUGUUUCGAUGGGGCAUCUUGCGCGCCACCAUCAGAGGCAUAGCUGCCUUUAAUGAGGCUGGUCGCUUUUGGGCUGCCAAGACUUCAGGUGUUGUCCGUCCAACAUCCAGAACUCCUUUAGGAGAGAUUCAGCAGGCCAAUGCUCCAAUAGAGAGAAUGUACAAAAGAGCAUCUAUGCUCGAUUUCUACUUUGAUCACUCAGAGGAGCGCCCUCUAGAGGCCUUUGAAGACAUCUUUGCUAGCUAUGAGAGUAAAAAAGACAUGCAUGCGCAGAUCAUCAGCUCCAUUAAGAACUUGCAGCUGGAUGGUGAGGACCCUCGCAAGCUGCUGCAGUCCUGGGGUCGUCUCCGCUUCCCUCGACAUGUCCUCCAGAAAAACAAGGGAACGAAACAGAAGCAGAUCAUACCCAAGAACCUGUUGGAUUCUCGGUCCCUGAAGUUCAUUGUAAGCCUAACUCUACAUGAUCGCACCACCAAGUCACUUCUCCAUCUACACAAAAAGAAAAAGCCCCCCAGCAUCAGUGCCCAGUUCCAGACAUCUCUGACCAAACUCUUGGAAACUCUGAAUAGAGCAGAGCCUUUCUUCAUCCGCUGUAUCCGCUCCAAUGCUGAGAAGAAGGAGAUGUAUCUUGAUGAGGCCUUGGUGCUCCAGCAGCUCCGUUACACCGGAAUGCUAGAAACUGUUCGAAUUAGGAGGUCUGGCUAUGGAGCCAAAUACACAUUCCAGGAAUUCUUAGAGCAGUUCAGGGUUUUGCUGCCAAAGGACUCCACUGCUUCUAAGGAAGACAUUUCUGCUUUACUAGACAACAAAAUUUGCUUGGAUCCCACCACAUACCAGAUAGGCAAAACUAAGGUGUUUUUGAAAGAACUGGAGCGGCAACAUCUGCAGGACACGUUGCACAAGGAUGUGAUGCGUAAGAUUAUCUUCCUGCAGCGCUGGUUCAGAGCUCGCCUGCAGAGGAAAGAGUUUAUGGACAUGAGACAUUCAGCCGUCGUGAUCCAGCGUUCAUGGCGCAGCUAUUGCAAAGACGAGCAAAGGCGGCGGGCUGCCACUCUAAUCCAGGCUGUCUGGAGAGGGCACCGACAAAGAUCAACUUAUCAUCGCCAAAGACAAGGUGCCACCAAGAUACAAGCCUUGGUCAGAGGGCACUCGGCACGAAGGAGAUGCCACUCCAUGCGUGAGGAUCGACGCAGAAAGGAAGAAGAAAUGAAGGCAGAAGAGGAAAGGAGGCAGCAGGAGGAAGAGAAGGAAAGGAGGCGCAAGGAAGAGGAGGAAAUUAGGGUAAGAAUGGAGGCAGAAGAAAAAAGAAGAAAAGCUGAAGAGGAGGAAACGAGGAGAGAAGAGGAGGAGGCAAUAGGGAAAGUGUUGGAAGCUAAGGCUGCAUUGGAAGCAGCUGAGCUGAAACAAAGAGAACAGGGACGGGGGAAACAAGCAAAGGAGCCUCAAACAAGAGAGGAUCCAGAUAUAGAACUGGUUACAGAGGAGAUGCUGGAUGACAGCCUGCCUGACCAGGAGCCAGAUGAGGAGCAAGGUGAGGAUGAUGGGGAGGUUACAUCAAGCUCCCACACAGACGAGGAGCAGGUUAAGGAUGAAGAUGAGGAGGAGGAUGAAUGGCUACCCAAAGCACAAAAAAGAGAGUGUGAACAACUACCUCUCAGGUCUGGUUUGGGGACCAAUGGUACUCUGGCUGAGGCUGGUCCUCAGCGAGAUGAAAAGGUUUCAAAACAUAAUUUAUCUUUUAGUGGAAUCCCCUCCAAUGUUUUAGCACCCGCUUCUUCUGUUUCGGACAAGGCUUCCAGCACUACCUCUACAACCUCCCAUUCUGAACAUAAACUAGUCCGUCCUGUAGCCAAGGCCCAGGGCUCUAAAAGUCAGGAGAAGAGAGAGCAGAGAAGGCGGAGGGGGUUGGAGCACAACCAGAGAGAGACUUUGCGAGCUGCCUCCACGUCAUCCUCAGCGACCACUGUGGAACACACAUCCCCUCCAAAGAGCAAAACACCUGAGGCAUCAAAGCAAAGAGAGCAGGCUGACAGCAAGGAGCUUGAUCAGUAUACCUUUGUAGCCUGGAAGAAGGAAGAAAAAGGAGGGAAGAAGGAAGCCAAAAAUUCUUCGCAAUCCAGUGCUGUUCGUCCCACUUCAUUAUCACUGCAACUUGAUGACUCUAUGCAUUGGAAAACGGUGCCCGAUGGUGGAGCUUUGAGCCUGGAGCGCUGGCAUGGACCAGUCAAAGAGAAGUCGGAGAAAUGGAAGGGAAAAAAGACUGAUGGUGAAAACUCUCCUCCACCUCACAACAGAGAUGAGAAAAGGUCCAAGCAGCCGCUAAGUCAAACAGCUUCCUCCUCACUUGACAGUUUGUCUCCAUGUUCUGAGGGCGCCGGCGCUCUCUUAACCCGAGAGAUGAUUUUGUCUCCAGAGAGCUUCAAAGGAAGCUCCUUUAGGAGGAGAAACCAGGAGGACUCAACCCUCUCUACUCCAUCCACGCCAGACAAGUCAGGUGGUUUCUUCAGCAAAAUAUUGAAAAAGCGACCACACAAGGAGGCUCACACUCCCGACAAUGGAGAGUUGACACUUGCCCAGGUUCUCAAUGAAAAGCCAACAGGAGGGGAAGCCCCAGCAUCUGGACACCCAUUGAGACAUUUAUCCCAGUUCCAAGGAGAGCGUGCCAAUAAAAGUUUGGGCCGUAACCCUACCAUAAAAAUUAGUCGUGCCACACGUGUCUCUGAGCAGUGGAAUGCGUCACUGGAUCGGGAGAUCACGAACGCCAAUGAGUUGCGUCACCUUGAUGAGUUUCUGGGGAACCAGGUCAACGAUUUCCGCUCCAGGGGAAAGUCACUGUCAGCCACAGAGGCCAUCUUUGUAACAGCCACCAUGGAGUUUAGAGAGACUAUAAAAGCUAUGUAUUCUCUCCCUAAACCAACAAUUGGCUACAAAGGUCUGAUGUCAGGCUACCAAAACAAAGUGAUCCACCUGGCCGGUGACAAACAAAAAGAAGAAGUCCAACUUGUGGUCAACCUGUUUCAAUCUGUGCUAGAUGGCUUCAUUAGAGGGGAGAUGAAGAAAGAGGAAGCCGAGCCUGCCAAGCCUGCCAAAGCCAGGAAGAAGCGACGGAAAAAGGAUAAAAGUAUGGAGAGCCCCUUGGAUCACGUGUUCGUCAACUAUCAGGUCAACAUCAUGCAGUCAUGUGACCAGUGUACCUCUUACAUCUGGGGGAUGGAGAAGGCCUACAUGUGUAGCUAUUGUAAGAUGGUGUGCCACAAAAAAUGCCUGAGCAAAAUAGUCACAGACUGCUCCACUUUCUGUGCCAAAAAGAGUGACGAGGAGUCUGGUGGUCAACACUUCGGUGUGCGUGUGGGUCACCUGGUGAGUGAGAAGAACCCAGUGCCCAUGGUCCUGGAGAUGAUGCUGGAGCAUGUGGAGAUGCAGGGCCUCUACACCGAGGGUAUCUACCGCAAGUCUGGCUCAGCCAACCGCAUGAAAGAGCUACACCAGCGCCUGGAAACUGACCCCCACCUUGUGUGCCUUGAAGACUACCCCAUCCACACAGUUACAGGGCUGGUGAAACAGUGGCUGAGGGAGCUGCCUGACCCACUUAUGACCUUCACCCAUUAUAAUCAGUUCCUGCAUGCAGUUGAGCUGCCAGAUAAGCAAGAGCAGCUCUAUGCCAUCUACAAAGUGCUGGAGGAGCUUCCAAUGGCAAACUUCAACAUACUGGAGAGGCUUGUCUUUCACCUCGUCAGGGUGUGUAAAGAGGAGGCUCACAACCGUAUGUCUCCUAACUCCUUGGCCAUUGUGUUCGCUCCGUGCAUCUUGCGCUGCCCAGAUGGCGCUGACCCACUUCUUAGCAUGAAAGAUGUUGCCAAAACCACCACAUGUGUGGAGAUGCUGAUCAGUGAGCAGAUCAGGCGCUAUAAUGAAAAGAUGGAGGAGAUCGAGCAGCUGGAGUACGCAGAGGCUCUGGCUGUCAACCAGCUCAAACUCAAGAGAAAGAAUACGCACUACUGCCAUUUACCUCUCAGGUUCUCAGCUCCUUACAAAGGAGUGGUGGUGCAUGAAAAGGUUAGUUCAGACCUCAAAACUGUCCCUGAGAAUGAGCCUCUGGACUCAGAUUCGGAGGCUGAGAAGAACCUGGUGGAACGUAUCAAGUCCAUCAAACAGGAGAAAGAGGAUCUGGCCUGCAGGUUACCAGAGAUGGAGCAGCCUGGUUCAGACCAGGAGAACCUGGACUCUGAAGCCUCACUGAGCUCUGAAAGCCUCUUGGACGAGCAGCAGCGUUCUUCUGCCCACAACUCGGAGCCUGAUGUUGGAGUUGGCCCUCAGCAGAGGAAAUACAGGGCUGUGCAGCCACCUGAACCAUCGCACCUGGUGCAGAGACUGUCACUCCCUGGUGGGCGUGUGUGUCUGCGAGAAAUCACUCCUGCUGGCUCUUCCUCCUCUGUGUCCAGCUCUUCCUCUUCAAUAUCCGAACCCUCCAACACCACCUGCAGGCACCCGCUGCAGCGCCGCAACCCCGUCAUCCCGGACACGGUUAAACUGCCUCCGGGUGUCCUCGCCCAGCCCACGAGCUCGGGUCCAAGGCGGGUUUCCUGCCCUCAUGGAAAGCAUGCUUUUCACUACUUGGUGAGGAGAAGGGAGCAACCAGGCCGCCACAAAGAUGGCACCCAGUCCCUCUACAUCGACGGGCCUGAGUGUGACCUGUUGACUCAUUUCUCCUCCUGCCCUCCUUCCGCUUCCUCCUCCUCCUUGUCCAUCGCCACGGCGGGGCCUCAUCCUCCACGCCAGCGCAACAAAACACCACCCUGCGAGGACCACAGACGCUUUUCUGACCCAGACAUACCUUACAUGGACAAUGAUGUCUGAGCAGGAAGCUUGAUUUGGAAGUUACACAGAUUACAAUCUGCAGAAACUAAUUGACAGUGAAUAUAACGUGGCAUGUUGCCAUGCACCUUUUUGUAACAUUUUUUUCAAUACUGUACUUUCAGUACAGCUCAGUCAGUACAGAGGUUAUGUAGCCUAAGGGUGGACCUGCAAACAUUCCCCCUCCCCAUCCCACCCCCAUUUGUGGUAAGUUAAGUUCCCAGUUGUACUUUGUCAUUUCUUGGUUCUCAGAAUGAAAAGGUGAAGCCAACAUGCU